GAAUUCCUGCGUGUGAAGGAUAUAAGGCACAAACUUCCACUGUCACACAAUAAACCACAGAUUUUGACGAGAGAGAUAAUCUAACAAACUCAUUCAAGAAAAAGAAUUUACUAUCCGACUGAACGAUGGCCUGCGAGGGAUUUGAAGUGACACUGGCUUUAGACUAUGCAUCCAAAGUUUACACUGCAUUUGACUCUGACAGUACUGAAUAUGAUGAAAUGGACUGCUCAGAUCCACUAGCUAUGAGUGGGCAAUGUGACAUGCAUGAAGGCAUCAAAGUGGAGAUGUGGACGCAUCCUCACAAUAGUAUGAGGCAGGUGGUGAACCUCAUUGUUGCUCUGAAGAGGAUGAAACGCUUCAAACAACAGUCAUCUGACUUUGGGGAUGAUGAACUGCUCAGUAUAUUCAUGGAUAAUGUGAUUGAAGAGCGGUGUGUGAAUUGGGUUCAGAAAAUGGCACAUGCCGGAAAGGGAUCCUACAAUAAGAGCAAACGGAUCUUGCAGUGCACUGUGUGCGAUCAGUUCCAUAAAAGUCUGGUGCGGAGUGGUGGAGCGCUUCAUUUGAAAGCUGUGACAUUGAAAGGAGGCAACGCUCAGCACAAAGUUCGGUUCAAUCUAUCAACAUAUGUAUCAACAAGUCCUAGUGUGGCUGACUCCCAGCCUGUGUGCCUGGAAAUUUCCAAGAGCAACCUCUAUCUUGCUUGUACCAAGCAAAACCCAACUGACAAUCCUACCCUGGUCUUAAAGGAGGUCACUGAUACCCUGAACACCAUCACAUCUGAUGAUCCAAAUGGACUCCUCUUCUUUAGGAAAGAGACCGGUGUGUCGGUCAACACUUUUGAAUCUGUUAAAUAUCCCGGAUGGUUCAUAAGCACAGCCUUUGAUGAUAAUGAGCAAGUGAACGUAUGCCAGCAACCAGCUGACCGCAUCAUCAGCUUCAAGCUGAAUGAUCAAGUGCUAAUCUAGAGUUGAGAAUCAUAUUUGAUUCAGUAGACCUGUUUCCAGAGAGUAUGUACCAAGUACAGUGAAUAAUCUGGAGUGUUACAUAUAGACAUUUCUCUCAAUGAAGAUCUUGAUUUUAAGAUCGGAAGAUCAGUUUUGAAUUGCUUAUUUUUUGCUCUAUAAAUGUGAAGAAUACGAUGUUGGAAUGGUAAAUGGUAAAUUCACAUUGAAUGCUUUGUCAGGUAUGAAUACGUUUUUCUAUGUUACAUGUAUUAUUUAACUAUCUAUUCAUAUUAUUUAUUUUGAAUUAUUUAAAGUAUAAAUACAAAUAAUAUAAAUUAUUUUACACUUGAUCUUUGUAUUUGAUUUUGUACUCAAUUUUGAAAUAAACUUAAAACAUGGACGUUA